AUGUGGUGGAGUCGUCGGUUGGGCUGCAGGGCAUGGUCAACCUGGGAGCUCAGUGGAGUGGAUCGGAAGGGCGCCGUCCACGCCACCCACGUCGCCAUCGUUCGCGCCCAAGCACCACGUCAUCAACUACUUAAACCCCCGCGCCACGGCGCGCAAGAGCAAGGCCUGCUACAGCAUCACCUGCAGGCGUCGGUGGACGCGGACGGGACCUUCACCGACGUCUGCGUCGGCCCGGGCGCCAUGGCCGACGAGCAAACCCUCCUCCUCUGGUCGAUGAACAAGCCCAAGCUUACCGGGGAGACCCUUGGCCAGGGCAUGUGCCUGGUCGGCGGCGCUGGCUACCCGCUCACGGACUGGAUGCUGGUGCCCUACUCCCACCAGAACCUGACGUGGACGCAGCAUGAGUUCAACGGAAAGAGUGGCAAAGGCGCGCGCCGUGGCCGUCGGCGCGUUCCAGAGGCUCAAGGCGCGCUGGGCCUGCCUCCAGAGGCGCACCGAGGUCAAGGUGGACGACCUCUCCGUCAUGCUCGGCGCGUGCUGCGCGCUACACAACAUCUGCGAGCGCAGCAGCGAACCCUUCAGAGUCUCAAUUGCAAGAAACCACCACAUUUGUGGCUAGGUUUGCAGGAAACUACCAAGUCGUGGGCCGCGAAAACGCUGACGUGGCGUGCGGACAGGCAAACAGCGCCGUUAGGAAAGAAAACGGUCAACACGCCGCGCGGUCGGUCCGGUUCAGACAGUCCCCCCCGCGCCCCUGUCCUGUCUCUCGCCCCGCUCCCCUCUCCUCUCUCGCCCCGCUCCCCUCUCCUCUCUCGCCCCUGCUUGCCGCCGGUGAUGGCCACCUCACGUGGCAGUGAUGAUGGCGGUGGCGGUGGUGCUGGCGAUGCAUCUGGUGGCAGUGGUGCUCCUGCAGAUCCAACAGAGGUUUGUGGCAGUUCAAACCCAUCUCAGGCUCCGCCUCUUCCACAGCCGCCGUCGCCGUCUUACUGUGCUGAGUACGCGGCGGCGAGGGCAUUCGCCAAGGCCGUGAAGGAAGAUCCAGAGGGGAGCCAUCACUACGCAUCCUCCUUCGGCGGUGUCUCAUUGAAUGAUGAAGUGUGGGAAGUCAGAUUCCAUUUCCAUGACAGAGAUAAUCUUGAAAGAAGCCUAAAUGUGGAUGAUAUCACAUUUUACAAUCUGAUUGCACUAAUAGAGCUUGAAGGAUAUGGGAUGACAGACUUUAUGUAUUAUGUCAGAGAUCCAGGUGUUGGGGUUUCAGGUAUGGAAGAACUGACAAAUGAUGAUAAGGUGGAGGAAAUGUUGGAUGACCUAGUUAUCAAAGGUCAGAAGGUGGUGAACAUAACAGUCAUCAGAAGUGAUGCUCCAAGACCUAGUGAUUUGAACAUUGGACCAGUUUGUGAGGAGCAGGUUCCAUUAUCUGAAAUAGGUGUGCCAGUGGUGUAUGAGAUAGAUACAGCAGGAGUACUGUUUCCUAGCCCAACAAAGCCACAACAAGUGCCAGUGCAGGUCAUUAACACACAGGAGAGUACAUUUUUGAAGCAGAAGUGUGCACCAGUAGCAGAAUUUGCAAUGGAGAAAGACCAAGAUCAAGAGCAAAUUGAGCAACUGAUGGAGCAGAAGAGGAAUGAAGAGAUUGAGAAGUUCAGGAAAAAGGGGAAAGAAAAAGAGAAAUACAAGGCAGCUAAAAGAAAACUUCCAGAGCUAAUGGCUGAAGAUUUCACUGAUAGUGACAGUGACACAGAGUUACUAGCAGAUGAGGAUAUAAUUGCUAGGCUUGAGGCAAUGAAGAAGCAUAGAGAUGAUCCACUUCAUCAUAUUGAAGGGGACACUGAUGUGGAUGAGCCAUAUGAAGCAGAUGAGGAGGAGGAGGAGGAGAAGGCGCCAGAGGAGGAGGAGGAGGAGAAGGCACCAGAGGAGGAGGAGGAGGAAGGGAGCAGCAUAGGAGGAAGUAAAAGAAAAGGGCCAACUACAAGAUCUCAUUCUAGUUUGGAUGAGAUUAUUGAGGAAGAUUGGUUUCCUUCAUCUGAUGAGGAGAGCAACCCUGGUGACCUAAGUGAGGAGGACAAUGAUGGGGCUCAAAUACCAUGUGUGAAGCUUCCAGCUGAUAGGAAGAGCAGGGCUAAAAAGAGGAAGCCUAGAGUUUGGUAUGAUGAGCAAAGGGAGAACCCAGAAGAGCAAUUUAUGAAGAAGCUUUGUUUCCUAGAUGUGACCCAGUUCAGGAGGGCACUUCUUAAUUUUCACAUCUCACAAAAUAGGAACCAUGCCUUCCACAGGAACUGUCCAGACAGGAUUAUAGCUGUCUGCAAAUUUGAGAAUUGUCCAUUUUUCAUUGCAGCUUCUCAGAUAGCACAUGAGAAGACAUUCUGUAUAAAGAAACUGAACUUGCACCACAGCUGCCCAGUAGUAGGAGAGAGCACAAAAGUUACUGCUAAGUGGUUGGCACAUGAAUGUGAGCAACAGUUGAGGACAGACCCCAACACACCUGUCCAGACUAUAAUUUCAAACUUGAAGCAAAAGCAUGGAAUAGAGGUAUCUAUACAUAUGGCCUAUAGGGCAAGAAAGCUAGCUAAAAAUGUAGUCCUAGGAGAUCAGAAGGCACAAUAUCAUAGGAUAAGGGAUUACCUAGAAGCUGUGCUAGAAACCAAUCCAGGAAGUAGAUGCAUUGUCACAACAAAGCAUCUGAAACUACAUCCAAGCAAAAACCCAAGAUUCCAUGGCUUGUUCAUCUGCCUCAAUGCUUGCAAAGAGGGUUUCCUUAAUGGUUGCAGACCAUUCAUAGGUGUUGAUGGUUGCUUCAUAAAGUUGACAACAGGGCAGCAAAUCUUGGCUGCCACUGGAAGAGAUGGAAACAAUAACAUAUUUCCCAUUGCUUUUGCAAUAGUGGACAAGGAAAACACAGCAAGCUGGUCUUGGUUUCUUACUCAAUUAAAAUAUGCCAUUGGUGGUGAGUCAGGCAAGUUUGGCUACUACACUAUUAUAUCUGACAGGCAAAAGGGCCUUCUUACAGCCAUAAACAAUGUAUUCCCCAAUUGCAAACAAAGAUUCUGCCUUAGACAUAUUUAUCAGAACUUUCAAACUGCUGGUUUUAGAGGGGAAGAGUUGAAGAAAUACAUGUAUCAGGCAAGUUAUUCCUAUACUGAGCAUGGUUAUGUAACUGCAAUGGAAGGCAUGAAAAAGGAGUGUGAGCCAGCUUGGAAAUGGCUAUCUAGGAUACCAAAACAUACAUGGGCUAGGCAUGCCAUGGACAACAAUUGCAAAACUGACUUGGUAGUGAACAAUAUAAGUGAAGUUUUUAACAAGAUGAUACUUGAUGUCAGAGCCAAACCCAUUAGAACUAUGGUAGAUGGGAUCAGGACAAAGCUGUUAGUGAAGUUCAAUGCAAAUAGGACAAAGACUGAGACUGCUAAGUGGCAGAUAUGCCCAACAUAUGCUGAGAAGCUAGAGGAAGCAAAACAUCAUUCUAGGUUUUGUCAGUCUAUCCAAGCUGGACCUGAUCUCUUCCAGGUGACAAGUGGAGAAAGCACAUAUGCAGUUAACUUGUUGCUACAUACAUGUGGUUGUAGGAAGUGGGACAUGUGUGGAGUACCUUGCAAUCAUGGUGUUUCUGCAAUCAACAAGGCAAAACUACAGCCAGAAGAUUUUGUUCAUGAUUUCUUCAAGAAACCAAUGUAUAAGGAAAACAGGAGAGAUGAUACACCCAGAACUAUAUCUGCUCCUGCUCCCAUGCCACCAAGGAGAAGUGCUCCUUCUGCUCCUGCUGUUGCUCAAACUGCAGCUCCAGCUCCACCAGCUCCAAGGGCUCCAAGGGUAUCAAGGAGAGCUCCUUCUGCUCCUGCUUCAGCUCCCAGUGCACCAAGGAGAGCUCCUUCUGCUCCUGCUGCAGCUGCUGCUCCUCCUGCUACAAGGGCAACAAAGAAAGCUAAAACUACAAGGACUGCAACUUCUACUGCUGGUGCUGGUCCAAGUUCUACUGCUGGUGCUGGUCCAAGUUCCUCUACUGCUGCUGGGCCAAGAGGAAAAAACAAGUUCAUCCCCCCAAGAGUUGCAGGUAGUGGAAGAGUGAGGAAGCCAUCCUUUAAGAUGUCUGAGUGGUUCAACUGUUCUCAAGGGAGCAGGUGA